GUCACACGGAUCUGCAGAGCUGAGCUUCGGUACCGGUGCUGCUCUCUGACAAGCCCUCCGGGAAUGGAAAUGUCUUCUGUUGCAACUUUGACAUCCUAAAAUAAUUUUCAAAAUGCCAAGCAGGACGAACUCCAAGGGCGCUUUGAACAGGCUGGUGGCGGUCAAGGCUGAAGAUCAGGGGAUGAGGUUAUAAAAACAACAGCCGACAAAGGAGGGGAAAAAAGAGGAAGACGAUUGCUUGGAAACUUUUGCUUUGCCUCGUCAGACCCUGCAGUCUUAAAAGUCACUGACUGACCCUGUGGAGUUUUACACACCCACAAAUACAUACCAACACCCACACUCUCACACCUCCCCUCCCCUCACCACCAUGUCCCCCCACUCCAAUCAUCCUAUGCUUAUCCUCCCCGUCCUCCUCCAUCUCUUCUCCCCCUCCCUGUCCAUGCCCUCCACCUCCACUCCUUCCUCCUCCCUCCUCACCUUCUUCCCACCGGAGGGAGGUCUCACACAUUUGGUGGUUCACAACAAAACGGGCGAGGUCUACCUCGGCGCAGUCAACUGGAUCUACAAGCUGUCGAGCAACCUGACCAAGCUCCGAAACCAUGUGACUGGCCCAGUCACAGACAACCCUCGCUGUUACCCCCCGCCCGGGGUCCAGUCCUGCCCCCAUGAGCUGGUGCAGACCUCGAACAUCAAUAAACUCCUGCUACUUGAUGCUGCCCACAACCGCUUAAUUGCCUGUGGAAGUACCUCCCAGGGAAUAUGCCAAUUCCUGCGUCUGGAUGAUUUGUUCAAGCUCGGUGAGCCCCACCACCGCAAAGAGCAUUAUCUAUCCAGCGUUGCAGAGGCAGGCACCAUGUCAGGUGUCGUGAUAUCCCCGGAUCUUUUUGGCGGAGGUGGGAAACUUUUUGUCGGUACUCCCAUUGACGGGAAAUCCGAGUACUUCCCUACGCUGUCGAGCCGCAAGUUGAUGUCCAACGAGGAGAACGCCGACAUGUUCAGCUUCGUCUACCAGGACGAGUUUGUCUCCUCGCAGCUGAAGAUUCCCUCAGACACGCUCUCCAAGUUCCCGGCAUUCGACAUCUACUACAUCUACGGCUUCAACAGCGAGCAGUUUGUGUAUUACCUCACCUUACAGCUCGACACCCAGCUCACCUCGCCAGACGCAAGCAGCGAACAGUUCUUCACCUCUAAAAUCGUCCGCCUGUGCGUGGACGAUCCUAAGUUCUACUCCUACGUUGAGUUCCCAAUCGGCUGCACCAAGGACGGAGUGGAGUACCGCUUGGUUCAGGAUGCUUAUUUGGCCCGGCCGGGGGCCCGUUUGGCCCGUUCGCUCGGUAUUGAAGAGCACGAGGAGGUUCUGUUCACUGUGUUCGCGCAGGGUCAGAAGAACAGGGCCAAGCCUCCCAAGGAGUCGGCUUUGUGUCUGUUCACUAUGAAACGGAUAAAGGAGAAGAUUAAAAAGAGGAUUCAGUCGUGCUACAGAGGAGAGGGGAAGCUCUCCCUGCCCUGGCUGCUCAACAAGGAGCUGGCCUGCAUCAACUCGCCACUGCAGAUUGACGACAACUUCUGCGGCCAGGACUUCAACCAGCCUCUAGGGGGCACCACCGCCAUCGAGGGCAUCCCUCUGUACGUGGACAAGGACGAAGGCAUGACCUCUGUGACGGCCUACGACUACCGGGGACACACUGUGGCGUUCACUGGCACACGCAGCGGACGCAUAAGAAAGAUCCUGGUGGACUCCGUUACCCAGCCUGCCUUGCUGUAUGAGAAUGUGGUGGUGAGCGAAGGGAGCCCCCUCCUGAGAGAUCUGCUCUUCAGCCCAGACCAUCAGUACUUAUACGCCCUCACUGACAAACAGGUGACCCGUGUACCGGUGGAGAGCUGUGAGCAGUACAGCUCCUGUGGAACUUGUCUCGGAGCAGGGGACCCUCACUGUGGCUGGUGUGUGCUGCAUAACGUAUGUUCGAGGAAGGACAGCUGUGAGCGAGCAGAGGAGCCUCAGCGUUUCACCACCAGAGUGGAGCAGUGCGUGCGACUCUCCGUCCAACCUGACACCGUCUCCGUCACCAUGUCAGAAGUGCAGUUGUCACUUCAGGCACAGAAUGUGCCCAGUUUGUCUGCUGGAGUGAACUGCUCAUUUGAGGACUAUGUAGAGACAGAAGGACGCAUCUACGGGGGACGGAUCUUCUGCCUGUCCCCUUCGACAAAAGAAGUGUUGCCCAUCACUCGAGACCAAGGUGACCGACGCAUUAUAAAGUUGUAUCUGAAGUCGAAAGAGACGGGGAAGAAGUUUGCCAGCGUUGACUUUAUCUUCUACAACUGCAGCGUCCACCAAUCGUGCCUCUCCUGCGUUAACGGAGACUUUCCCUGUCACUGGUGCAAAUAUCGCCACAUGUGCACACAGGACGCCAGCGACUGCUCUUUCCAGGAGGGACGAGUCAACACCUCUAAGGAGUGCCCUCAGAUCCUGCCCUCUACUCAGAUCUAUAUCCCUGCUGGAGUCAUGCGGCCCAUCACCCUGCUGGCCCAGAACCUUCCUCAGCCUCAGUCCGGACAGAGGAACUACGAGUGCAUCUUCCACAUCCAGGGCAGCACACACAGCGUCCCCGCGCUCCGGUUCAACAGCAGCAGCAUCCAGUGUCAGAAGACCACGUAUGACUACGAGGGCGGGGACAUCGGUGACCUCCCCGUCGACCUCUCCGUGGUGUGGAAUGGGAACUUCGUCAUUGACAACCCCUCCAACAUUCAAGCCCACCUGUACAAGUGCAGAGCGCUGCGGAACAGCUGUGGUAUGUGCCUGAAAGCCGACCCCAGGUUUGAAUGUGGUUGGUGCGUCCAGGACAGGAAGUGCUCCCUCAGGCAGGAGUGUAACGGCGGAGGAACCCACCUCCCUCUGCUGCUGGCUGAAGGUGGAGGGUGGAUGCAUGCCGCCUCUGGGAACAGCCGCUGCACCCACCCCAAGAUCACUAAGGGUUUGUUCCCUGAGACGGGGCCUCGCCAAGGGGGCACCCGACUGACCAUCCUGGGGGAGAACCUGGGUCUGCAGUUCAGAGACAUCCAGAUGGGCGUCAGACUGGGCAAGGUGCCCUGCGUCCCCAUCGAGGAGGAGUAUGUGAGCGCAGAGAGAAUAGUGUGUCUGCUGAACGACGCCACCAGCUACAGGGUACAGGAAGCCCCGGUGGAGGUGUGUGUGAGGGACUGCGUCAACGACUACAGAGCGCUGUCGCCCAGGCCCUUUACCUUUGUGACUCCAUUCUUCACCCGUAUCCAGCCUUCUCAAGGGCCCAUCUCUGGGGGCACCCGGGUCACCAUCGAGGGAAGUUCCCUCAACGCAGGCAGCUACGUCUCAGUGGGCAUCGGACAGCAGCCCUGCUACUUCAAAAAGAGGAAUGCCAAUGAGAUAGUGUGCAUUACCCCAGCUGGAUCAGCCGUGAGCAGUGCGUUAGUCACUGUGGACAUCGAUGACGCUGAGCUCCAAAACCCUGAGGUGAAGUUUAACUACACUGAAGACCCCACCGUCCUGAGGAUUGAACCGGACUGGAGCAUUGCCAGUGGUGGCACUCUACUGACAGUGAGCGGGACCAACCUUGCAACCAUCCGAGAACCAAAGAUCAGGGCCAAGUAUGGGCAGGCAGAAUCCUUUCAUAACUGUACGGUGUAUAAUAACUCCGUCAUGGUGUGCCUGGCUCCGUCGGUAGCUGAUUCUGAGCUGGGCUUCUCCGACUCCGGCACAGGCCCGGAUGAGAUCGGCUUCUACAUGGACAACGUGAACGCUCUGGUGGUGGUCAACGAGACGUUCAGCUACUACCCCGACCCCGUGUUCGAGCCGCUCAGCCCCUCAGGGAUACUGGAGCUCAAACCAACGUCGCCGCUCAUUCUCAAGGGUCGAAACCUGAUCCCCUCGGCUCCGGGGAACAGUCGCCUGAACUACACGGUGCUGAUCGGAGAGACUCCCUGCAUUCUCACCCUGUCUGAGAGCCAGCUGCUGUGUGAGUGGCCCAACCUCACCGGACAACACAAAGUCACGAUCCGUGCUGGAGGGUUCGAGUACUCCCCCGGGACUCUUCACAUCUACUCGGACAGCCUGCUGACACUUCCUGCCAUAAUCGGCAUCGGAGGGGGGGGCGGCCUGCUUCUGCUGGUCAUCAUCGCUGUGCUGAUCGCCUACAAGAGGAAGUCGAGGGACGCUGACCGCACAUUGAAACGUCUGCAGCUCCAGAUGGACAACCUGGAGUCCAGAGUGGCUCUGGAGUGUAAAGAAGCUUUUGCCGAGCUCCAGACAGACAUCCAUGAGCUGACCCAGGAGCUAGACGGAGCUGGAAUCCCCUUCCUGGACUAUCGGACUUAUGCCAUGAGGGUCCUGUUCCCAGGCAUCGAGGACCACCCUGUGCUCAAGGAGAUGGAGGUACGGGUCCAGGCCAAUGUUGAGAAGGCUCUGACGCUGUUUGGCCAGCUGCUGACCAAGAAGCACUUCCUGUUGACGUUCAUACGAACCCUGGAGGCACAGAGAUCGUUUUCCAUGAGGGACCGCGGCAAUGUGGCGUCCCUGAUCAUGACGGCGCUGCAGGGGGAGAUGGAGUACGCCACCGGGGUGCUGAAGCAGCUGCUGUCCGACCUUAUCGACAGGAACCUGGAGAGCAAGAACCAUCCCAAGCUGCUGCUCAGGAGAACGGAGUCAGUGGCUGAGAAGAUGCUGACCAACUGGUUUACCUUCCUCUUGUAUAAGUUCCUCAAGGAGUGUGCCGGGGAGCCUCUGUUCAUGCUUUACUGUGCCAUCAAGCAGCAGAUGGAGAAGGGCCCCAUCGACGCCAUCACAGGAGAGGCCCGCUACUCCCUCAGCGAGGACAAGCUCAUCAGACAACAGCUCGACUACAAAACACUGACGCUGCACUGUGUGAACCCAGAGAAUGAGAACGCCCAAGAGGUGACGGUCAAGUGUCUGAACUGCGACACCAUCACUCAGGUCAAGGAGAAGCUGCUCGAUGCGGUGUACAAAGGCAGCCCCGACUCACAGAGGCCCAAAGCCUCUGAUAUGGACCUGGAAUGGCGCCAAGGUCGGAUGGCCAGAAUCAUUCUGCAAGAUGAAGAUGUCACCACUAAAAUCGACAAUGACUGGAAACGACUCAACACUCUGGCUCACUAUCAGGUUACAGAUGGCUCACUGAUCGCCCUGGUGCCAAAGCAGAACUCUGCCUAUAACAUCUCCAACUCCUCCACCUUCACCAAGAGCCUCAGCAGAUAUGAGAGUAUGCUGAGGACAGCCAGCAGUCCAGACAGCCUACGAUCCCGAACCCCCAUGAUCACUCCUGACCUGGAGAGUGGAACCAAAUUGUGGCAUCUGGUGAAGAACCACGACCACUCGGACCAGAGGGAGGGGGACCGAGGCAGCAAGAUGGUGUCUGAGAUCUACCUGACCAGGCUGCUAGCUACAAAAGGCACGCUGCAGAAGUUUGUGGACGACCUGUUUGAGACCAUCUUCAGCACGGCACACAGAGGCAGCGCUCUGCCGCUGGCCAUCAAGUACAUGUUCGACUUCCUGGACGAGCAGGCCGACAAACACUCCAUCACAGACUACGAUGUACGGCAUACCUGGAAGAGCAACUGUCUUCCUCUGCGGUUCUGGGUGAACGUCAUCAAGAACCCUCAGUUUGUAUUCGACAUCCACAAGAACAGUAUCACGGACGCUUGCCUGUCUGUGGUGGCCCAGACUUUCAUGGACUCCUGUUCGACGUCAGAACACAAACUGGGAAAAGACUCACCUUCAAAUAAGCUUCUCUACGCUAAAGACAUCCCCAACUACAAGAACUGGGUGGAAAGGUAUUACUCGGAUAUCUCCCGCAUGCCAGUCAUCAGUGAUCAGGACAUGAGUGCCUACCUGGCAGAGCAGUCCCGCCUGCACGUCAGCCAGUUCAACAGUAUGUCGGCGCUGCACGAGAUCUACUCCUACAUCAUCAAAUACAAAGACGAGAUCCUGUCGGAGUUACAAAAGGACGAGCAGUCGCGCAGACAGCGGCUACGCGGCAAGCUGGAACAGGUCAUUGACACCAUGGCGCUGGCUAGCUGAGGACCGGCCAAUAGCAUGCCUCGGCUAGGGGAGAACUGGCCAACCAACACGCCUUCCCUGACAACCUUGUGACAUUUUUUAAACCUCUACAUUUGAAGUCUGUCGUCAUCACGCUCACAAACAACGGCAGCAGGAAAAGACUGCAGGGACGCCAGCAGCAGCACACUGGAGAGACAGCAGAGUUGGGAACUAAGGGUUGGCUUUUAUUUUUUUCUCUGAGCCCCGAACAACCAAAUCAAGCGCACCCACAGUGGAUAUGGACCUCAGCUCAGGAGAGCGCUUAUUUUCAUUAUGGCCCCCAUCAUAUUUAGAGUCCUACGGGUGCAGCAGUUGGGCACUUUGGCCCCAAUCAGGACCGGAACAGGCACAUUGGUGACCAAAAACUCAACGAGCUGGAUUUAAAACUAAAAAGCUAUGGGAAAGCCAGUAGCUCUCCACAGCUUAAAGCUACGGUUCAGACUGAGAACAAAUCAAAAUCCAGGAUAUAUAUAAAGCUGCCGCGACUGCAGAGCAACCAGAAGGAAUUACUUUGCAGGGAAACUUCCUCCAGUACUGACUCUCCAACCCUCUAUCCACAGGAAAUCCACUGAAGUCUAACAAAGAACAUUUUCAGUUUCACAACUCUGCA